CGGCACGUAAAAAUCCGUUCUCCUCGCCUAAUCUUCAAGUCACGUGUGGCCGCAAUGUCGCGUGGUCUUUGGUCUUUAAUGUUAUAAAGUCGUGAAGUAUAUUAAAAAUCGCGCUCAAGACUCUAAAAUGGAUAUUGUCAAGGCAAUUCUAGAAGACAAGCAAGAUGAUCCAAGUAAAUCCACAACUGUUGACAAGAACGUGCAGCUCGAUAUCGAUGUCGGAACUUUGCUCGCGUCCGAUUAUGAUGCUUUGCAGAUGAAACCACUCAAAGAAAAACCGAACUCGUACUUGAAAGAUUUGACAAGAGACAACGUGCAGUUGCUGAUCAAUAAAAUCUGGGAGCUGCCGAUUGAGCGGGUAGAUGAAGCUGUAGUGGCUACAUUGCCCAAACCUGAAUACGUGUUGCCGCGCUCACGUACAAUUCCGAAACCGAAACCUCUGACCAAGUGGCAACAGUUUGCAAAAACAAAGGGAAUAUUGUUGAAGAAGAAUAAAAAACCUAAAGUGAAAUGGGACAACGAAUUGAAGAAAUGGGUUCCUACUUAUGGAUAUAAACGAGCAAAGGCCGAAGAGCAGAAGGAUUGGCUGGUGGAAGUAAACAAUAAAACUGAUCCAUCGGAAGAUCCAUUUUCUAAAGCGAAAAAAGAUAAACAGGAAAGGCAAUCUAAGAAUGAAUUGCAGAGACUUCGCAACAUAGCCAGAUCAAAAAAUGUCAAGUUGCCACAAGUUGGUCUGCCUACUCAGGAGCAUUUCCUAGGACGUUCCGAAGAACUUUCUAAAGCUGUUACUGUGGCACGUAUGUCGACCGCGUCUCUUGGAAAAUUCCAGUCAAGAUUACCAAAAGAGAAAGAUGCGAAGGGAAUCUCUAAACUGGUAAAUGUGCAGAGAAAGAGGAAAGCACCUCCGUUGAACGAGGAGGAAGAAAAAUGCAAAAACAAAGAUCUGGCGGAUAACAUUUUAAAAGGCAACACAAAAAUUCUUCGUGAAGACUAUUCAGUAGGAACCGCGGAAAUAAAGUCGUCCAGGCCAGGUCAAAAGAGGCACGCGGGAAAACAGCAGAGCAAAACUGGUAAAAAACCGAAGGGAGGAAAGGGAAAACGGGUAAAUCCCGUGAAAAAUGUAAGUGGCAGGAAGCGGCGAAGAUAAAUUCUUACAUAUAAAUAAAUGUAUCCAUGUGUAAUAAAUAUAUCUGCGAUAUAACACGGAAUAAAUAAUUUGA